AAAACUUUACAUAAAACAACACUAUUUUACCUCCAAUUGCCAGCGAAAACAAUCAUUCGAAAACACUAACUUCUAUUGAAAACGUCUUAUCGGAAAUUGAAAAGGUUAACAACAUCAUCAACGUCGACUCCUAUUCACUCCGCGCAUCGUCUCCUCAGAGCCAGGCUCCCAAGUACAACCUGAGGCCAACCUCACACGUGGCACCAGCGUCGUCUGACGAGAGCAGCCUCAGGGAUGAGGAACAGCAUGUUAGUGGAGAAGAAGGACCUGUGGAGGGCCAAGGGAUCAGCUGCAGGAUGGCAGUAGGACGCAAGUGGGUGGACGCUCAGCUGAGGGACGAGCCAGGGGCGAGGACCUUUGCAUGGGAGGUGGCAGCAGCCUAUGCCCGCGACCAUCCCGACGAACCUCUUCCUGAUACCAGCAUCGCAGUGCUGAUCCGAAACAAAUUCCCGUCCAGAAGAAAAGCCUUCAAACAAGGUCCUGUUACUACAUAUUACUUCCAAGACCUAGAGCUUGUCAAUCGCGAAGGACUGUGUGACGUUCCAUCCGUGAAGGAGGACCGAGGGUCUCCAAGUAGCGUGGAGGGAAAGGCCAGUCCAUCAGACCACGCGCAUGGAACAGAAUCCUCCACCCUGGUCAAGACAUCAGAGGACGGCAAACCCAUUGCUGUGGUAAACCCUCCAGCCCAAAGUGUAUUUAUGAUGAACGGGGUCCCAUGCGUGGCCUUGAGGGUCACCCCUAUUAGCGUGGGGUCAUCGGGGUCUCAGGGAGGUGCUGCUCAACAGGGGUCUUUGGAGAGCGACAAGCGGAAGGGCAGCAUUUCGUAUGAGGUCCUCUCUUCAGCGAACCUUCCCCGAAUCCCGAAAGAGCAAACUGAUCCUCCGUCUCAGUCCCCCCAAACACACAAUGUUUCUAAAAACGGUCUCUUCAGACUCUCAAGUUCUGCAAAGGCUGAGGUGACUCCACUUCUACAAUCGGGAGUCGCUGAUUCGCCCAAACAAAUACUUAGUAACUUCCAAGUAAAAAUAGAAUCGCUCAGUGAGAAUAAGAGUGCAUUCGAUCAGUCAAGCUCGCCAAAAUACGAUAGUAAUUCAGAUAUGAACGUUUCGCAAUAUAUCGAUAGUGAAAUGAAUAGUGAAGUGAAAGACGAUAUUGUUAAAGUGCUUCCAACACCAUUAAUGACAGACAUUCCUAAUCUUACGGAAAAGGUCAACGAAGAGACGAAGAAUCAUAUUCAAAUUAAUGAGAACGUAUCUUCACCAGAGAAAAUAUCAGAAAAUCUUAGUUCAGCUGAAACGGCGUCACCGAAAAAGGUGGUGGAGAAUGCGGAAUUCCAGGUCCAGAAAUCGAAGGCCUGGGAUGCGGACAUGAGGAAAUUUGCUCGCACGAAUAAUCAAGAAAGUAAAAAAGUGAGGAGAAAUAAAAAUCCAAGGAAGAGUUCAAAGCCUUGCGAAAAUUCCCUUAGCAAAACCAAGGAAAGUGAAGCAUCUUUAGCAAGGAAAGGUGAUGAUGGCCAGAACUGUAUGGAGAGUGCGACCGACCAAGAAACGAAACACAGGUUUGACGAAGGACGCAUGGAGAGUAUCAAGAGAACGAUCCUGGAGACGGCGCUUAAUCUGUUCUCUGAGGAGGGGGCGGCGCUGCCCGAGGGCGAGCGCGCCCGGAGGCUGGAGGCGGCCCUGUACGAGCGAAACCCAGCCGUGCACUACGAGGACGGCGUCCCGUGGCCCUCCUCACACAGCGAGGACGCUGAGGAGUUCCCGUGUCGAGCGUCACAAGUCCUGGCGGAGGCCAGUGCGCUGGCCCAGGGGGACGCCACGCAGCUCCUGUACCACCACCAGUAUUGCCCCGGCCAAGGCUGCUCGUACAACGGCGAGCUGUGCCUGAGCCUGAGGGCGGCUUACACGCACAUCAGCAUCUUCCGCCAUCGAUGCCACGUGUGGCACUGCUUCAACAGCGUGCUGGCACUGCACGCCAGCUCGUGCAGCAGGGUGGACUGCCCCGUGCAGUUCUGCCUGUUCGCCAAGCACGAGCUCAGCAGCAGAGGGCUGGUGUCGUGGUCGCCAGUGGAGGCUGAGCGGCAGCUGUUGCGGCAGGAGUUCGCCGCGUGCGAGCGGUCGGGGCGGCACGAGGCGCGGCUGCACUGCCACCACCGGCAGCGGGUCCAGCUGCCCUUGCCGAAGCCCGUGGCGAAGGCCCGCGGGACGCAGCCUGGGGACGGCGCAGCAGACGUGGAGUCGCGCGGCCUCGAGGUAGUCGGGGAACUCCUGGUGGGGAGGAGGAGUCCCUCCUUCACCAGUCCUGUCCUGAGUGCGCUGCAGGUGGCUGCAGCCACGCAGGGGGGCGCAGAGAGCGAUUCCAGCGGCAGUUCCUGAGGACGAGCCAUGCCCUUGGAGUGCAGUUCAGAGAACUGCCUUUUCGAGGGCGAAAUUGCGUUCCUUUUAAGACAAGCUGCAGAUUCGGUCGUGCGCAUGACAUGAAAAAUAUAACUAGCUUAUAAGGCAAUCAUUGUAUAUCCUUUUAUGAAGUACAAAAUAUUGUUAUAUUAUUUAGAUAUAAUUGUUGAGUGCAUUUGCUAUAUUUGUUUCCCAUUAAUAAUUUCCACAACUAUAUAUUUUCAGAUUAUUAUUUAUCAAAUAAAUUAUUCUAUUUUACA